UUCUUGAUUAUUUGCCAUUCACAUUUUGCGCUUACAUUCGACCAACAAAAUAAUUAAUAACUUUAUAAUGCCACAAGCUGCCACCAAACCAUAUGAAUCAACCCUAAGAUUGCCGUUUGAGACGCCACGCUUGGCCGAAAUCGCCUACCGUGUCUUGAGUGUGGACAAGGAGCCUCGUCGAAAUUUCGUGCAGAAAACAUUGAGCCUGGAGCUGGAUGUCUUGGUGGUACAUUUUUAUGCGGACCAAGUGAAGAAUCUGCGCACGGCCAUCAGUUCGUUCUUCGAGGCCCUGCUGCUCUGCCAGGACACCAUCAAGCAGUUUGGCGAGACAACAACAGCACCGGAAGCGGCAGAACCACAGGAGGAUAACAAUGCCGGAGCACAGUCCAGCACCGACUCCGCAUAG